AAACAAACAAACUAACGAACAAACCCACCUGAUCACAUAACCUCCUUGGCGGAGGUAACAGUUAUAAUUUUGACAGCAAGAAGUUUUCAUCCAUUCAUCAGCGUUAAAGUAAGUGUACACUGUCAGCCAUUGUCAAGUAAAGCGCACAUGGCACUUGUUGCCUUCCUACAACAAGGAGGGGUCGUUAGGAAUCAAAGCUCCCUCCCACAGAGAGACAAACUGGGUGAGAGAGCGCUGCUGACUCAGGAUCUCCCUCCCCUCCUCUGCCUCUGUCCCCUCGGCAGGCGAAGCGGCUGCAGAGACGUCAAAGAGGCGCAGCGAUGUUGGGAGUCCUCCUCCUCCUGUCCUUCUCCUCCCUGGUGGCUCUGGUACCUCCUCCUGGCGCUCCUCCUCCUGCUCCCUGCAGCCGCUGCUGUGACCACCUGGAGGAAGAAGAUGGCAGUGGAGCAGAGCCUCCAACAAAAGGGUUCAGCCAUGUGCCAGAAGUACGCACUUAUAUCAACAUGACUAUCCUUAAAGGUGACAAAGGAGACAGAGGUGACAGAGGAACACCAGGCAAAACUGGACCUGAAGGUCCUCCAGGUCUCAGAGGGCCAGCAGGCUCAAAAGGCUCCAAAGGCCAGGCCGGUCCUCCAGGAGAUGCCUGCAAGAUCCAGAACUCUGCUUUCUCAGUCGGCCGUCGUAAAUCCCUCCACAGCCUGGACACCUACCAGAGCCUUCUUUUCGACACGGUCUUUGUCAAUCUGGAGGACCACUUUGACAUGUUCAAGGGGAAAUUCAUCUGCCGGAUCCCUGGGAUCUACUUCUUUAAUGUCAACAUCCACACAUGGAACUUCAAAGAGACAUACCUGCACAUCAUGCAGAACGAGACAGAGCGUGCCAUCGUGUACGCCCAGCCCAGCGACCGCUCCAUCAUGCAGAGUCAGAGCCUGAUGUUGGAGCUGAAGCUAGGCGACGAGGUCUGGGUCCGUUUGUACAAGAGGGAGAGGGAGAACGCAAUUUACAGUGAUGAUGUCGACAUCUAUAUCACUUUUAACGGAUACCUCAUCAAGUCUAGUGCAGACAGAGAAUGAAGGAGCAGAAAUUUGGUGUAAAAAUGAAAAAAGACACUCAGCAUACCAUUUUUGCUUUCUGGAAAAUAAGCAAUGAGGAUGAGCUAAAAUAAACUUGAUCUGCCAAUUAAGUCGCACAAAAAAUCCAAACUGAAAGUAUAGGCAACAAUUUAAUUCUCUUGAAACUGCACAAAAGUAUGCUAGUUUGUUGUUUUAUCAUUUGGUAGAUAGGGAGGUUCAUGCCACUUCUGAGAAAUCACUGCUGAAACUAGUUUGUUAGCUUAGCUUAGCUUAGCAUAAAACCUAGAGAAGCUGGACUCAUGAGCAGAAGUAGCAAAAUCCACUGACCAGGACUGUUUCAGGUUUACUGAUUUUUAAAAAUGUGUUUUAAUCAGUACAAGGACAUUGUUUUUCUUGCAAAUAUAUGUUAUGUGUCAGAGAAAAUGAUUAUUUGUUAUCUACAACAAGACACUGAGUCAUUCAGUAGGGUCACUUCUACUGAGGACUGUUGUAACCUUUUACAUGUGGUGCUAAAAAAUGGUGCUAACUGAACUUUUUUAUGAACUUAAAAUUUGAGAAAAUGCAGGAAACAUGACUUUUUUUCUGACACCAUCUUCUAACAGCAUGUGAGCGUCAGAUAUCACUUAGCAUUACGCUGCAUGGGACACUCUUUCCACUGCAUCCAUUAAAUAUUAUUUCUCUCUCUUCA